ACUAAUUCCAUAUCCAUCAAUCUUUGACGGCUUCAAAGACCACUAGCCAUCGUAUUUUAUCUAUCUAAUUUGCCAAGCAAUCAUUUAGAAUAAGAAGAUCAUCGAAUUUGUAAUUUGUCCAUUCUCAGGCGAGUAACUACCCUCACCAUGUCCGCCUUAGAUGUCGAAGCCCUCUUGGAUUCAACUGCAGCUGCUACUCCUGUUGAGCAAAACGGAUCUGCUAAGACCAAAGAAUCCGAUGACCGCCACAAGGGUGAGCGCAGUGAAAGACGCGACCGUGAUAGACUUCGCGAUGAUAGCAGGGAUCGCGACAGAGAUAGGAAGCGCCGCGCUCGCAGCAGAGAUAGAAACGAGAAAGAUGGCACCUCAACCCCAACAAGUGAGCAUGGAAGCGCAAAGGGUAGACGCAGAAGUAGAAGCCGAGAUGACAAUCGUCGACAACCUCGUCGCCGCAGAGAUACUCCGGAAGAAAAUGGCCGCAGGGAUGGAGAUUAUUACAGAGGAGGUAGGGGUGGUGGACGUCAACGCUCACGUACCAGAAGUCCCGAUAGAUAUUACCGUCCUCGAGGUGACCGCCGUGACCGCGAUGAGGCCGACAAACCUCGAGAAGAACGCCGGCCGAGAAGCCCCAAACGAGAAGGAACACCCCCCUUGACCGAGGAUGAACGGGAUAGGCGCACCGUUUUUGUGCAACAGCUAGCAGCUCGUCUCAGAACUAAGGAACUCAUCGCAUUCUUUGAAAAGGUUGGCCCCGUUAAGGAGGCUCAGAUUGUCAAGGACAGAGUUAGUGGUAGAUCUAAAGGUGUGGGCUACGUUGAGUUUAAAAACGAAGAAUCAGUUCCUGCUGCUAUACAACUCACUGGACAGAGACUCCUAGGAAUCCCAAUCAUUGCACAACUCACCGAGGCUGAGAAAAAUCGACAAGUCCGCAAUCCCGAAGCUACCACUAGUAACCCUAAUCAAAUUCCAUUCCAUCGACUAUAUGUGGGUAACAUACAUUUCAGCAUCACUGAAAGCGAUUUACAGAAUGUAUUUGAGCCAUUUGGUGAGCUCGAAUUUGUUCAAUUGCAAAAAGAAGAGCAAGGACGUAGUCGAGGUUAUGGAUUUGUUCAGUUCCGCGAUCCAAAUCAAGCUAGAGAAGCGUUGGAGAAGAUGAAUGGGUUUGAUCUUGCUGGCAGACCAAUUCGUGUUGGUCUUGGAAACGAUAAGUUCACUCCUGAAUCUACCGCCAGUCUUCUGCAAAGAUUCCAUGGCCAAAGCCACCAACAACAAUUUCAGGGUUCCGCAUUUUCUGGCGCUGGUGGGCGUGGUCCUACCGCUGCUGGCGGCAGCAAUUUCGAUCGUGCUGGUGGUCGAGAUAAUGAUAAAGGUGCGGGUGGUGCUAGUGCUUUGGACGACACUGACGUUGGCGGCGUGAACUUCAACAAUUAUAGUCGAGAUGCAUUGAUGAGAAAACUCGCCAGAACAGAUGAUACCACGGUUGCGGCAAAUCACGAAAGAAGAGAAGUAUCAAAACCUAAAACAGAAACCAAAGCUUUACCUGUCAAUGUCAACAUGGCUAGCCGUUGUGUUGUACUCAAGAACAUGUUCGACCCUACAGAAGAGGACGGUGAGAACUGGGAAAAGGAACUCGAGGAUGAUGUCCGCGCAGAAGCGGAAGAAAAAUAUGGCCACGUUGUUCACAUUGCUUUAGAUCCAAACUCCCAAGGAGAUAUUUAUCUCAAAUUCGAUCGAGUACAAGGAGGAGAGAAUGCCAUCAAGGGUCUGAAUGGAAGAUAUUUCGGUGGGCGAAUGAUUAGCGCUACUCCUGUUGUGGAUGCAGUCUACAGCAGUUUGUUCUCUCGCACAAAGGCUAUGUGAUAUGCUAAUAAUGGCCUACACUCCACUUGUAUUAGGGUAACAUCUGAUUUUUAUUACAGAAAUCUCUAUGCGAUAGGCAUACCUUCGAAAAACCUCGCAAUAUCUCGAUUAUUUGAAGCAGUAAUCACCUUUCUGUUUACAAUGCAUAAUUCAAGUAUCUCAGAUGAUCCGGACUUGAAUCUUGCUUCAAGAACCUCAAGCAAACGUCUAAAAACAUUGCUGAUUUCUUUGUGCAGGAGCUUCUUCUCAAGCCUUAACCUCUGCCUAUGAUUCCACUGAUUGCACAUAGGAACACUCUUUACUGUAUACAAAUUCACUCAUUUCAUUUCCUUUUGGCAUGCAAGCUUUCGGGUUUGACGGUAGCACACUUUUAGUUAGAUGGAGUAAUAAAAUUAUCAACAUGACCUU